CACCAAGGAAGCUGUUGUCAAGUCAACAUCUUGUUUGGCCUUAGAAAACUGUUUCGGUGUUGCCAUAGUUAAUAGAUUUUUAUCUUGCUAUUUAUUUUUGCCAUUCCCAAUUUGCAGAAAAGUUUCCACCGGACAAAGCAAAGCUUUCCCACGUCCUCAAAUUAAAAGCUGAAACCUCCGAACGGUUAAUAUUUAGUCGUACAAUAAUCCAUCCUCAGAAGAAAAAUUAGCAAGCCAAAGAACAAAGGGGGAAAAAGUAGCAGAGAAUGGAGGGAAUUCCAGAGGCAAGCAUCGGCUCAAGUGGCCAAAAAAUUCCAAUUAUAGGUUUUGGAACUGCUGAUUUUCCGUUUGGCGAUUAUGAUUCAGUGAAACAAUCUGUUGUUAAUGCAAUUGAAGUUGGCUACAGACACUUCGAUACUGCUGCUAUUUACCAGUCCGAGAAGCCUCUCGGCGACGCUAUAGCUGAAGCUCUGCAACGCGACCUAAUCAAAUCACGGGAUGACCUCUUUAUCACUUCUAAGCUCUUUUCCAAUAACGCUCACUCUCAUCUCGUUCUUCCGCACUCUCAUCUCGUUCUUCCGGCUCUGCGAGAGACUCUCCGGAAUCUUGGAACGGAGUACCUUGAUCUGUUUCUAAUUCACUUUCCAGUGAGUUUGAAAUCAGAAACCCAAUUCCCGUUUAAGCCAGAUGAUAUUGUUUUGAUGGAUUUUGAGUCUGUUUGGAAGGCUAUGGAAGAAUGCCAAAAUCUUGGCCUCACAAAAGCAAUAGGAGUCAGCAAUUUUACUUGCAAGAAGAUUGACAAGUUACUUGCCACUGCAACAAUCCCUCCGGCACUCAAUCAAGUAGAGAUGAAUCCUUAUUGGCAACAGAAGGAGCUAAGGAAAUUAUGUAAAGAAAAGGGUAUUCAUAUAACAGCAUACUCUGCAUUGGGAACCAAAGGGACUCCUUGGCAAAUUGAUCGUAGACCUAUGGAAUGUGAUGUCUUGAAACAGAUUGCCACUGCUAGAGGAAAGUCAGUGGCUCAGGUGUGUUUGAGAUGGGUGUAUGAGCAAGGUGUUAGCGUCGCGGUCAAAAGCUUUAACAAGGAAAGAAUGAAAGAGAACUUGAUGAUAUUUGAUUGGGAGCUAAGUAAGGAAGAGUUGGACAUGAUUGAUCAAAUUCCACAAAGCAGAGGUCAUCUUUGUGAGUAUUUUAUCUCAAAUGAAGGCCCAUACAAGUCCCCCUUUGAGUUCUGGGAUGGAGAAAUUUAAUACUACUAAUUUUCCUUUUCAACAAUAAUAAUCAACCCCUUUGUGGGCUUUCUUGUUUGUGAGGAGACAUAUACAUAUAUACAUACGAGUAAUUUGUAUUAAAUAAUUAACGUGGGUAAUAAUAAUUGGAAUAAACAAUUUUAACUGAACACA